AUGCGUCUCACAUUAUGAAAGAAACAUUUUGGUUAAAAUAACAACGCCUAAGACGACCCAAAUUAACUUAAGAAAUUAAAGAUUGAGACUGCCGUAUAACUUAUAUUAAUUUAUUUGAUUUUGGCAUUGAUUUUGAUGUACAUUUAAAAAAAGAGACUGGAACCGAAGUCCUGAAACUUGCUUAUGCAGCAAUAAUUCUUAAGCUUUCUAAGCUCACACAACUUGUUAGAAAUGGCUACAGUUCACACCCAUGACCUUCACUUUGUCAUGUUCCCUUUAAUGGCUCAAGGCCAUAUGAUACCCAUGGUUGACAUGGCUCGUAUACUGGCUGGGCGUGGUGUUAUGGUCACUGUAGUCACUACUCCACAUAUUGCCAGCCGGUUUAAAUCAGUUAUCGCUCGAGCAAACGAAGCAAAUCUGAAGAUUCAACUACUUGAACUCACACUCCCAUUAGCUGAAGUUGGUUUGCCAGAAGACUAUAACGCCUUUGACAGGUUUCUCACGCCAGAAGACAGCGCGAAGCUCUUUGCUUCUAUUCAACUGCUAGAAAAACCAGCCGAAAAUUUGCUUCGUGGACUCUUUCCUCCUCCAUCUUGCAUCAUAUCAGACUUUACCUUCCCGUGGUCGACAAAUGUGGCUCAAAGGCUAAAUAUUCCGCGGAUUGUGUUCCAUGGACCGGGAUGUUUCUGGCUCUUGUGCACACAUGUUGCUUUCUCUUCAAGAAUAUUAGAAAGGAUUGAAUCAGAAACAGAGCGGUUCGUGCUACCUGGUUUGCCUGAUCCAGUUGAAGUCACUAAACUUCAAAUUACUGGUUUUGGUAAAGCUGCAACGGCGAGUCAGAUGGAGUUUUGGUUUCGUGCUAUACAAGCCGAGAAAUCUGCACAUGGUAUUGUGAUUCAUACUUUUGAAGAGUUGGAAUCUGAAUAUGUGAAAGAAAUUGUGAAGGCGAAGGAGAAAAAAGUAUGGUGUAUAGGUCCAGUGUUGCUGUGCAACAAAGAUGAUCUGGAUGUCGCCGAGAGGGGGAAUAAGGCUGCGAACGUGCAUGACUAUUUGAAAUGGCUUGACGAAAGGGAACCCGGUUCUGUGUUGUACGUGUGCUUAGGAAGUGUCACGACCAUGUCUACAGAGCAACUAAUUGAGCUCGGGCUAGGACUUGAGUCCACCAAAAUACCGUUCAUAUGGUGCAUAAAAAAGAAAACUGAAGAGUUGGAGAAAUGGUUUUCAAAAGAAGGGUUUGAAGCAAGGGUGAGAGACCGAGGGUUGAUUGUCCACGGUUGGGCACCACAAGUGUUGAUAUUGUCACACCCAGCCGUUGGUGGUUUCUUAACGCACUGUGGGUGGAACUCGACUCUAGAAUCUGUGUGUGCUGGAGUGCCUGUAGUUACAUGGCCACAUUUUGCAGAUCAGUUUCUUAACGAAACGUUUGUGGUAGAAAUUCUGAAGAUUGGUGUUAGGAUUGGUGUGGAGAUUCCAGUUUAUUACACAAAAGAUGGAGAUAAGAUGGAAACGUUGGUCAAGCGCGAAGAUGUUAAGAUAGUGAUUGAACAGUUAAUGAAUGAUAGUGAAGAAGGAAAACAGAGAAGAAAAAGGGCAAUUGAGCUUGCAAAAAAGGCAAAAGCAGCAAUGGAGCAAGGGGGGUCAUCAUAUGUCAAUGUGUCGUCGCUGAUCCAAGAUGUUGCUCAAGCUAUGACAAACAAAGUCGGAACCACCUGAGUCACGGUAACACCAUGUUUUAAACUAAGCCGUGGUCUAGCCAUCAACCAUAUACAAAAUCAACAUAUCAUCACACCACUAGAGGAAAUCCAAAAGAGUGCCAAUAGAGCAGCAUAAAUACACAGAGUAAGAUGCCUAACAACGACCUCUGUAGAUCAAAAUAUAUGAGAUUUGUUCGUGAGUCUCAGGCGAGAUCCAUGUUUCUUCCACUAAAAUUGUUAGGAUAUAGUCAGUAAAUUCUGUAUAUUACAUAGUACUCCUAUAUAUAGUCAGUAAAUUCUGUGUGUUACAUUA